GAGCCGAAGCUUAAAGAACAAAUUAAAAAAGUAGCUAGCAUGGCUUCACUUACAGCAGUUUGUGAGAUAAUGGAUCAGAAACCUGAAGUGCACCUUGAAUCUCUACCUUCUGUGGAUGCUCUAAAGAGAUUUAUUUCCAUUUCUCAAGUUAACGAAGUAUUAAAGAAGCCAUCUUCUAUUGAAGAAAAAAGUAGCUUAUGUGAAGAAACAACAUCUCAAGGAUGGGGGAAAAUAGUUGCACGCUAUGUUCGUGACCAGUGGAUUUGCCUUCGUUUCAUUUUAAAAUCAUUUCCAACACUGGCUCAAGAGUAUGAAGAGACUUCAGAAAUGUCAUUAUCUACAGUUGAAAGGGCAAGAAAAAUGCUAGAGUCUGCAUUAGAAGCCCUAACUAUUCUUCCUUCAGACCAAGUUUUACCUGUGUUCGACUGCAUGAAAGUCCUUGUUCCCAAGCUUCUGGACUCAGCAGAGACUCUCUGCAUAGAAGCGUUUGAUUUGGCUUGGAAAAUUGUAUCCUCUUUGAGCAACACACAGCUAAUAUUUUGGUCCAAUCUAAAAGCAUUUGUUCAGUUCGUCUUUGAUACUGAGGUUCUGGCUGUUGCUGCAAGUGCAAAGGGUGAAGCAUAUGCCAGAAUAAAAGAGAUAAUUUUCAAGCUCAUAGAUAUGUCCACUACAAAGACUGGAGUCUUCAAUGUAGUCCUUAGUCAUUGUUGUCGAUCUUGGAUAUUUCCCACUGUUGAUGAGAGAAGUGCCUUGAUAAAUGCUUUCUUAAAUGCUGGAAAUUAUUGUGAACUUAUCACUGAGGCUUGUGUCUUUGGAAGUGUAUUUAGGAGAGAUCAAAGACUUAUUCAGGAUGUGCAUGCCUUCGUAGAAAAUCUUGGAGAAAAAUGUGCAGCAAAUGUUGUUACAGAAAGUACAAAUCGAGAUGAUCACUACGUUCGGGUUUGUGCUAUUAAAUUUCUGUGCUUGUUGGAUGGAUCAAAUAUCUUGCAUAAGACAUUUAUGGAAGACAUUUUCAUCAAACUACUUGAUAAAGAUGAACUAGUAUCCAGAUCUAGAACACGCUAUUAUGCAAACUCUUUACAGCAUAGAAUUAAAAACCGGGUAUGGCAGACGCUCUUAGUUCUUCUUCCGAAGCUUGACCAGAAUUUUUUGUGUGGAACCCUUGACAAAGUUUUUCAGGCUGGAUUUGGUAACAAUCAGGCAUCUGUGAAAUACUUCAUAGAAUGGAUUGUUAUUUUGAGUCUACAUAAACACCCCCAAUUCCUUAAUAAAUUCUGGGAUUGCUUUUGCUAUGAUGAAGAAAAGCUUAAAACAAGCAUCUGCACAUUUUUAUCAGUGUUAUCACACUUUGACAUCGUUCUUCAAAAUACCUCAGAGAAGAAGCCAGCUUUGAAGAAAGCCCUCAUAGUUGUUCUACAGUGGUGUUUCAACCAUAAUUUCAGCGUUCGACUUUAUGCGUUAGUUGCCCUUAAAAAAAUUUGGGGUAUGUGCAGAAUGUUGCAUGUGGAAGAAUUUGAAGCUCUGACACCAGUUAUUGAAUCUAGCCUUCAACAAGUGGAAAACAUGCAUGGCACAGGGAACUCAAGGCAUGAUUGGCAGCGAAUCCAAGAUCACUUCUUCUUUGCAACAUUUCAUCCACUUGAGGACUAUAGUCUAGAGACAAUAUUUUACACUCUUCCUCGCCUUUCGGAACUUGCUGAAGAUGAAUGGAUCUCACUCUCUAAAUUUGACAGAUUCACUGACAUUCCUUUGCCACCAGCAUUUCAGUGGUAUCGUUCUCGAACGGAACUUCAUGAUCUGAAACCAAGUGACUGGUCUCAGCAAGACAUGGGUUCAAAUUCAGCUGAAACAGAUAGCCAGACAGAAUGGACUGAUGUUCAGAAAAAGAUUAUACCCUGGAAAAACAGUACUCCUAGUUUAGACCUGGAAAUGGUAUUUCAGGAUCGUGCUGCUAAACUUGGUAAAUCAAACAGCAGACUGAUUGUGGUGGCUUCACUUAUUGAUAAACCUACUAAUUUAGGAGGUUUAUGUCGCACGAGUGAGAUAUUUGGGGCAUCUGCACUAGUUGUCGGCAGCCUUCAUUACAUACAGGAUAAGCAGUUUCAGCAUCUUAGUGUUUCUGCAGAGCAGUGGCUCCCACUUGUUGAGGUGAAACCAUCUCAGCUUGUUGAUUAUUUACAGCAGAAAAAAACCGAGGGCUACACUAUUAUUGGUGUGGAGCAGACAGCUAAAAGUUUUGAUCUUACAGAAUAUUGCUUCCCAGAGAAGUCACUAUUAUUACUGGGAAAUGAACAUGAAGGAAUCCCAGCAAACCUGAUUCACCACCUAGAUGUCUGUGUGGAAAUUCCUCAGCAGGGUAUUAUUCGAUCACUCAAUGUUCAUGUAAGUGGAGCUUUGCUGAUUUGGGAAUACACAAGGCAACAAGUGAUCAAGCAAAGACAAGAAAAAUAACUGCCAAGAGUUUUGUGCCUUAUAGUACGGCUGGGUGACUUCCUAUGGUGCUACAACAUGAAAUUCUGAAUAGAUGAGAUACAAACUCAGGGUGACAAGGAUUCUUAAGUUUUGCAUGUUUUGUUCUUUGUAGUGUUCAGACUGACUUUUAAAUGCCUUAAUACUUUACCUCCUUAAAUAAAAUUGUUGCAUUGGAAAUAA